GCCGAAGAUGGCAGUGAACGUAUACUCAACGUUCGUCACCAGUGAUAACCUAAGUCGACGUGAUAUGCUGGCCUGGAUCAAUGAGUCUCUGCAGCUGAAUCUGACAAAGAUUGCACAGUUGUGCUCAGGGGCUGCCUAUUGUCGGUUUAUGGACAUGCUAUUCCCUGGCUCCAUUGCCUUGAAGAAAGUGAAAUUCCAGGCUAAACUAGAGCAUGAAUACAUCCAGAACUUCAAAAUACUACAAGCAGGUUUUAAGAGAAUGAAUGUUGACAAAAUAAUUCCUGUGGACAAAUUAGUAAAAGGAAAGUUUCAGGACAAUUUUGAAUUUGUUCAGUGGUUCAAGAAGUUUUUUGAUGCAAACUAUGAUGGAAAAGACUAUGACCCUGUAGCUGCCAGACAAGGUCAAGAAACUGCAGUGGCUCCCUCCCUUGUUGCUCCAGCUCUGAACAAACCGAAGAAACCUCUCAGCUCUAGCAGUGCAGCUCCACAGAGGCCCAUUGCAACACACAGAACUACUGCAACCCCUAAGGCUGGCUCGGGUGUGGUGCGAAAGAAUCCUGGUGUGGGCAAUGGGGAUGAUGAAGCAGCUGAAUUGAUGCAGCAGGUCAAUGUAUUGAAACUUACCGUCGAAGACUUGGACAAAGAGAGAGAUUUCUACUUUGGAAAGCUAAGAAACAUUGAAUUGAUUUGCCAGGAGAACGAAGGGGAAAACAACCCUGUAUUGCAGAGGAUCGUGGACAUUCUCUAUGCCACAGAUGAAGGCUUUGUGAUACCUGAUGAAGGAGGCCCACAGGAGGAACAAGAAGAGUAUUAACAGCCUGGACCAGCA